AUGGCACAAACAAGCACAUCCACUCACCAGAAGAGCGAGCACGUAAACAGGAUCAUGAUCCGAGCACCACCAUUUUUCCCGGAGGAACCGGAACUAUGGUUUGCUCAACUGGAAGUACAAUUUGCACUCAGUGGAAUAACCCAGGACGGGACAAAGAUAAGCUUGAAGAAGUUGCCGAACAAGCAGACAGCAUCUACGAAGUCACGUCUCGGUCAAUCAAAUGGAUCACCCAUUCCAACGUAUGGUUACAUCACUUUGGAACCGAAACUGGGACUCAGACGAAUGUUUCCUUGGCGAUUCAUUAUUGCCAACGUUUCACAUCCCAUCAUCGGAGCAGGCUUCCUGUCACACUAUCAUCUUCUACCAGACUUACAGAGGAAAAAAUUACUUGACGGGCACACGGGGUUACAAGCGCAAGAAGCGAUACGAAACGACGACAUCUUGAGCGUCAAAAUUAUCAAAGAAGCAAGCAGAUACUAUUAUCUGCUAACGGAAUUUCCGGAGUUAACUCAACUCGGAGCACCGGUAAAACCAACGCAGCACUCGACUAAACACUACAUCGAGAUAACAUCUGCUCACCGGAAGCAAGCCGCCCGCGAAGACUAA